CUUGAAUUGAAAGGUAACAUUGACAGUCGAUAUAAAGAGCGCAAAUUGAAUGUUUAGUGGCCAUACCCUUUCGAUUUAUUUUGUUUAAUGUUCGGCUCCACAUUUGUCAGUGCCUGAAGUCGUUAAAACUCGGCUAUGUCAAUCAGAAUAUCAUAUCAGGAAAAUCAAAAAUCAUUAGAUUUACAGCUAUUUUCUUUUAUACAGGCAUCUCGCAUCCUGUUUGAGUAUUUAUUUUGAAAAUCUUGUGUUUGCCUGAGUAUAUUAGUAGUAUAGAUUAAUCUUGUUCUACAGUAAUUUUAAUCAUCUAUAAUGUGUUUCUAGCAGGUGUCAUCUUGAAGUUUCAGCAUGAAGUGCCUCAUCGUUUUGGUUCUGUGCCACGCUUUGUUCAAUAACGAUGUAUUGGGAAGUACAGUAUACAUAGCAGACUAUGGUAUGUCCAGGAUGAUCGAGCUUACCACUCGACCACCAUACUGCGUUGUACAGAGAGACAGAGGAAAAAUCCGGAAUAUGCUUCUGAUGUCAGACCCUCGCAGGAUGAGACAAAUGACAGACGAGGCGAUAGACAAGUUGGAAAAGGUUUGCAAAUCCGGAACAAUCCAGUCCCCACAUCAAGGCGGAUUCAUUUAUCCAGGAACCAAGUGGUGCGGGCCAGGAACGAUAGCGACAAAUUAUUCAGACUUAGGUAUCCACGAGAAGGAAGACAUAUGCUGCAGAGAUCAUGACAAUUGUCCAAUUUUUCUGGCAGCCGGUGAAUGCAGGCAGGGAAUAUGUAAUCACUCCCCUUUCACAAGGAUCAUCUUACGCAUGAAUAACACCAUACUUGAGAAGAAUUUUUAUUCCCGCCUCGACAACAUCAAGAUGAAUAAUAUAUUUCAGGUCACAUUGUGAUUGUGAUGCAGCCUUCCGAAAAUGCUUACAAAACGUGAAUUCAGAAUCAGCGAACACUAUCGGUGCUAUAUUUUUCAACAUUAUUCAAGUUAUCUGUUUUAAAGAAAGGACGCCCUGCAGUCAAUGGCAAAGAAACGGUUAUACUAAGUCCGAAGGAGACACCAUAUGCGCCCAGAUACACUUCAGGCCAUCGGAGAAAUAUGUACCAAAUAUGCCGUUGCCAUAGAAAUCUUGCCUAAUCAAGGAAAUGCUGCAAUAAUGCUGCUUCAGCAAUACAAAUUAUCAGGUGAUUUAGAACAUAGUUUAUAGAAUGGUUAAGAAUUAGCUGUGAAGAUAAAGUUUAUCAGGUGUUAUGAAGUGUUUUCUGUAUAAAAAGAACAAUGGGAUAAGCCUUUUACAAAACUCCUUUGGUAGUAGUUUAUCUUGUUGUUCUUUUUAUUAAGAGUAAUAAAAACAGAUUGUGAUGUUAGAUAUUUAGGGAGUUAUCAUAGAUUUAUAUAGA